AUAUUACACAACCGGAUCUAGUGUUUUUCGUGUAGUUUCGGCAAUAGUUUGUGCUGCGAUCGGAAUCGGCUUUUCGAUUAAAUUGCCUUCACACUUCAGGAUGACCGACGCUAACCUACCAAAUGUGUGCGGCUUGCGUUUGCGGCCGCUAACGAAGGAAAACAUUCUGUAUUACUACUUUCCGCUGAAGGGUAUGGUCAGCUAUGCUGCACUUUCGGUGAACGUAAUGAAUCCAUCGAUUGCGAUAAGGCUGCUCCCCAAGCGAGACGUUACCAAUUUUCUGCUGAUUCACACCAUCCUCGGUACAUCGCUCUACUUUUACAGCCGGCCACACCUGAAGGGGGUCUCGACAAACAAACGGAUUGCCUUUAGCCUUUGUGGUUCGGUGCUGUUUAGCUUCGGAUCUGUGCUGGUGUGGGCCGUCCUCCGAUCGACGGUUCCCCGCAACCAAGGGGUAGCGACCGCGCUGGGUCUUUCGUCCGGUGUGCUGAUGGCAAAGCUGGCUUACGAUUACCUAAAGACCAACGAUAGCCAGGCGGUUGUGAAGAAAAACUAAAAGCGAUCGUCUUUAAGGCUCUCGCAACGCAAUUCUAACGAGCGCAUCUCCAACAACACGGUUGUUACGAUUUGUGCGAAGCCAUUGUUUUCGCUACGUCGAAAUAGUGGAGGGAAAUGAUUAGUUGUACCAUCUAACGUCAUGAAAUACACCAACAUCUAUUGUUUCUAUUA